GUAUGCGCGGGUUUAUAUCGAAUUUAAAUCGCUGUUUUUUAAAGUAAAUCACAUAAUUGAAGUGUAAAAAAUGAAUCCGCCGCCCGCGCGACCUACAGGACGCUUUAUACGCGGCCGCGGACGAGGUGGAGGUGCUUAUCGUCCGUAUUUUUAUUUUCGUCGCAACGGACGUACGAUACCAGCUGGUGGACGUGGAAAUACUGAUGCACCGGCUCGUGCAAAUUACUCAGGCUGCCGUGGGCAAAGACGCGGAGCAAUGCAAAAUAAUUAUUUUACCCACCCACCGAAUGUAGUAUUAGAUUCGUCUUUUCUGCGGCCAGAAUGCUAUGCUGCACCUGAUGAUAUCCAAAACACCGUUCAAAGUUUUCGUGCGGAUAUGCCCCCAUAUUGCCCCGGCUGGCAUUUAUAUUUUCCACAAGAUCCCUAUAAUGAAACAUCAGAGCUAGCAAAUCGUAUUAAAGCAGUUGAAGAGUAUUUUAUAAAAAAUCAAGAGACUUAUGUAUUUAAAAAAAUACAACACGAAAAGUACUUUAAUUUGGAGGCAAUACAUGUUUGUGGCGACAAGGCACUUACAACUGUUUGGCCUAAGUUGAAAGAAGAUAUGCUGGAGCGAACGUCACGUACUCUAGCAACAUUUGCCGUCGCCAUGCACAAAGCAGUAACAAUGUCUGCCGUAAAUAGUGCAACCAGUCAGCUGGCCAGUAGCAGUACCGCUUAUGUGCCUCGUUGUACUUUACCACGAAAAAUAUACGUACGACCGAACGGUUUUGCGGAAAUUAAUUUAAUUUCACACUUGAAUAGAACGAUGAUAGGGAACUUAUGCAGUGUACGCGGAGCUGUGUCUGCCAUAGGCAUAGUAGAAGCGGCGGCCACAUGGAUAGCAUAUAAAUGUCCGCGCUGUGGACAGGAGCAAGCAAUGAGACAAACCGGAUUUUACAUAUCACGACCGCAUAGCUGCAAAAGAGAAGGCUGUCUCGCGAAGAAGAAUUUUAUAGAACAGCGUUCCUCACCUUACACACGGAUCACACCACAGCAAAUUAUACAACUUCAGGAGGCCAAUCUACAAGCGCCUAUUGACAGAGAAUACGAUUCAUCAAGCAUGCUUGAUGUCGAGUUAAGAUACGAUUUGGUUGAUACGCUCGUAGCAGGUGACGAGGUCAUUAUUUGUGGCAUAAUUAAAAUACGUACAUUGGACGACGAGCAGAAUGCAAAUCCACGUUCCUCUGUAACCACAAGUAAAAUCUACAUGAAAGCAGUUUCCAUUAAGAAAGUAAAACAUUUGGGACACACAUUCACUCAGCGAGAUAUGGAUGCAAUUUCCAUGAUAAACUCUGAGCCUGAUAGUUUUAAGCUUCUAUCACAUUCAGUUGCGCCUGAGUUACAUGGACAAGAGAUAGUGAAAGCAGGUAUUUUGCUAUCACUCUUUGGUGGCGCUGGUUCACAAAUACACGAAGAGUCUGAGAUUAACGUCUUAUUAGUGGGUGAUCCUGGUAUUGGCAAAUCCCAUUUGCUCGAGAUGUCUGCAAAAAUUUCAGAAAAAGGCACUUUCCUCAGUGGCAAACAUUGGUCUCCCGCCACACAGUCUUUAACUACCGCACUUCAAGGUCGUACAAAUCACAUUCUCAGUUCGGGUGCACUCACUAUUUCCAAAACAGGCCAUUGCGCCAUCGAUGAUAUAGAUCGUUUAGCUUCCCAACAGGAUGCUUUAGUGCAAAUAAUGCAGUCGAAAAUGGUCUCACUACCAUUCUCAAAUUUAUAUGCAACUAUAGCUAUGCCGACAUCUGUUAUUGCAGCCGCAAACCCACUUCGUGGUCACUACGAUCACUCGCGACUACUCACCGACAACACACGUUUGAGCAGUGCAUUACUCCAGCAAUUUCACUUAGUAUUUCUGCUAUUGGAUAAGUCGAACAAAGACUUGGACACCUCAUUAACAGAUCACAUUAGAGCAAUGCACGACGGCAUAAAGAAAAAUGCUGCGAUUGCACAACGCUUCGACAGAAAACCGAAAACGAAUAACUCCAUGAACUUAUCACUGGGUGAUGAGGAAUUGGAUGAUGAGCAAUAUGACUUAAGUGCGCGUUUAAAGCUAAAAUACGAUGAUUUCAAAGAGGAGGAACUAGAUUUGCUGCCGCCCAUAUUGCUGAAGAAAUUCAUAGCAUAUGCACGCCAACAAUUGCGUCCUUUAUUGAACGCUGAAGCUGCCGAAGCGCUUAAAACCUUUUAUAUGAGCUUGCGUGACAAAGUAGACGAAGAGCAAAGUUACAGUGUAUCAACAAGCCACCUUGAGGGUCUAAUCCGUCUCGCACAAGCACGUGCGCGUGUCGAUUUCUCCGAAGAAGUUACGAGACUUCACGUACGUGACGUUCUCUGCAUCGUACGGCACAGUAUAGCGGAUACGGCGCUGAGCGAUUAUGUCGAUAGAAAUCCAGCCACGGCUACCGCGUCCACCAGUCAACGGGGUACGGUGAAGAAAUUCAUACAAAUGCUGCAGUUGCGUUCCAGUGCAUUGGGCAGACGAAUAUUCGACUACGACGAAAUUAAGGAUAUGGCGGGACGAGCCGGGAUCUCGUGUGGCGUUAGCAAUUUGGUGGAAAUGGUGAACCUGCAGGGUUACCUGCUGAAGAAGGGUCCGAAUAUGUAUGAAGUGAUGACCGAUUAGCCGCUGAUAUGAAUAUGUGUAUUAUUAUGUUUGAAUUAUGCUAAUAUACAUAUAAAUAUGAUGUAAGAUGACCAUAUUCUUUAAUUUUCUAUAUCAUCAGAUAUGUAAAUAGUGACUUUAAGUUUAAAUACACAUUCUUGAAUACAUUUUAAUUUGA